AUGGGCAUCAUCUCGAGCAUGUCGAGGGCGGAGGAAUUACCGUCGAAUCCGAUGCGGAAUGGCAUCGACGCCGGCAGUCCUGUUCGCCGCAUUUUGUUCCUGGAUGCAUAUGACUCCUUCACCAACAAUAUUGUCUCGCUCCUGAAGGAUGCGCUCGGCAGUCACAUCACGGUGCAUGUUCUGCACAUGGAUUUGAAGACAAUUGACUCGGAUAGCACGCCCGAUUGGACGAGGCAGGAGUUUCUGCACCGUCUUGCGGAUUUUGACGCUGUUGUUUGCGGGCCGGGGCCGGGUUCGCCGCUUCACGAUGCGGAUGUUGGUGCCUUCAAGAUGCUUUGGGAUCUUCCGAGGGAGCAGUCGGUGCCGGUUCUGGGAAUUUGUCUGGGAUUUCAGAGUCUGGUGGAGCACUUUGGGGGCAAGAUUCGACGGCUGCGAAGGGGUUUGCAUGGCAUGGUGCGAGAGAUUGACCAUGUUCAGGUGCCGCCUGCGGAUAUCUUCGACAGGGUGCCUCGAUUCAAGGCUACCUUGUAUCAUAGUUUGUGCGCGGAUAUUGGACAGGAUUAUGUUCCGGAGCAGAAAUGGCGAGAGGCGAGGUGGCAGGCGUCAAAGCAGGCACCUGAUUUGAUGCCGUUAGCUUGGAUAUCGGAGGACUAUGAUGGCGAACACCCUGAUGACCAGGAGCGCAUAUUAAUGGCUGUUCGGCAUGCUACCAGGCCGCUAUGGGGUGUUCAGUAUCAUCCCGAGUCUGUGUGUACCGAGUCGGCGGCGAAGGCUGUGAUUCGGAAUUGGUUUCACCAGGCAUUGAAAUGGAACGAGGUGACACGACGACAAGUGCGGAGGAAGCCUAGCGUGGACCAUGUUGAUAGCUUGAAUCCAUCGAAUCAUAGUCUUCCCGGGCUGGAUUCUGGACGGAAGCUGUCGGCCUGCCCUUGGUGGAAUGACUUGCAGUCUGACUUGGCUCGUCGGGGUAUCAACCCGGGGUAUUCAUAUCGACAGAUCAAACUUCCCGAAGGAGUGGACACAGCUGAGAUUGCAGAGGUACUUGGUCUUGGAUCCAAGGAUACGAUUAUUCUGGACUCGUCGAGUACCAUCAAUGGUGAUCCUCUUGCCCGAAGCUCCAUCAUUGCUCUGGGGGUGGAAGAAGCUCUACGACUAGAAUAUCACGUAGGCGACAACUAUUUGGUACUCCGGCAGCCUGAGACCUCCGGAAGACGGGGGCAGUGCCAACGAAUAUGCCUUGGAGAGGACGUGGAUCCUUGGAGUCCCUGGCAUGUCAUGUCAGAGUAUUGGCGAUGGAGAAAGUUGCCUGAAAACGAUAUUACGGCGGCGUUCAAAGGCGGCUUCAUGGGGUUUGUCACAUACGAAAUGGGUCUUAGUACUCUGAGCCCUGGAUCGGUCUCCAAGUCGCGCGGUCACCAUCGACCUGAUCUGUGUAUGGCUUGGGUGUCUAAGAGCAUUGUGCUUGAUCACCAAGCUGGAGUUGCUUACGUCCAAGCCCUCAGUACCGACGACUGCAACGACUCGUGGCUAGACGAUGUCGUUGAAACCAUUCAAAGCUCACAAGCGUGGCAGCAGCCUGGCUGUGGACGAAGCUCUGAUAUGAAGCCGCGUCGUUCCAACGAAGCUCUCCUCGAUGAUGUGCGUAGAGGUGGUGGCCGUUUACACGUCUCUGUCCCGGACUCGAAUGGCUAUGAAGCCAAUGUCAGCAAGUGUCAAGACUUUAUCAGGGAAGGCGAGUCGUACGAACUUUGUUUGACAGCGCAGACAACCAUGACUAGACCACCGGGCAACGACCAACCACAUCACACUCGGCCAGCUGCAACAACACGGGAACACGCGACGCAAAAGAAGAUGCCUUCUGUGAGCGAGGCGUCUCAGCAUGGAACACCUUGGCAAAUUUACCGGGCGUUGAGAACGAGGCAGCCUGCACCUUUUGGCUCAUUUACCCGCCUUGGUGGAGCGACUAUAAUCAGCUGUUCGCCGGAGCGAUUCUUGAUGCACGAUCCGAAGGGUCUGUGCUCUAUGAGACCCAUGAAAGGGACAGUGCGAAAGUCUGCUGCAGUAUCGACAUUGGCACAGGCCGAAAGGAUUCUCCAUGUACCCAAGGAAGAAGCUGAGAAUCUCAUGAUUGUGGAUCUUGUACGGCAUGACCUGUAUGGUGUGUGCGGUGCGCAAAGUGUCACCGUGCCAGACUUACUCCGGGUUGAGGAGUACGCCAGUGUCUUUCAAAUGGUGACUGCUGUUAAUGGCCAGCUCCCAGCUGAAAAACUUGCGGCUGGAACUGACCCAAGCAGAGGAGCGUUUCCUUUUACCGGUAUGGACGUUCUGGCAAGUUGCUUGCCUCCGGGCAGCAUGACUGGUGCUCCCAAGAAGCGCAGCUGCGAAAUCUUACAGACGAUCGAGCCCACAGAACGGAGCAUUUACUCCGGCGUUAUUGGGUACCUGGAUGUGCAGGGCAAAGGCGACUGGAGUGUUACUAUUCGUACCAUGUUUCGCUGGGACGAUGAAAAGGCUCCCGCCCAAAGCGGAGAGGCUGAACCUCGCGAAGUCUGGCGAAUUGGUGCUGGUGGUGCGGUCACGACACUCAGCACGCCGGAGGGAGAACGAGAAGAAAUGUUUACCAAGUUGUGUGGACCCCUUGGAACGUUCUCGGAUGUGGCGUAA